UGAUUGCAUUUGGCACGCACAACAAUGAAAAUAAAACACGACGUAAUAAAUUAAUUGAAGCGCAUGUUCGAAAGCCGCAACAGAUUUUUGGCUGCUGUUUUUCCCAAACGCGCGGAUCAGAGGGUUAAAGUCAUCGACUCGUCGUGGGCAAUAGCAUCCAACGGCGUCGUCUCAGUUUUCUGUUGGCAACUUCUUUGCAGUACCUCCUCAGUUCUCCUUUCUCUCUCUCUCUCUCGGCAGCUCAUGGAUUCCAAGACUUCAACAACUGCCAACCCAUCACAGAAACCAACGAUCACUCCACCAAUCCUUCAAGCGCCGACAAAAGACAGAGACUUCCUCAACCGCCUCGAAGCUUACCUCGCCAAGAGAGACGGCGUCGAUAAGCUCCUCAAGAUCUCGCGUUAUGCCUCCAAGAUCAUUUUAGCCUCCUCUGCUCUUCCCGAAUCCCUGAUUUUAACUCAGAGACUCAAGAGCUUUGAGUCUAGCGUAGGACUCAGUCGCAAAGCGUUUCGAGUCGGGAAAUUUGUUCAGGACGUCAACGCUCUUAGAAACUCUCAUCUUGAUUCGAAGCAACAAAUUAUCCUCUCCAUAAUUGCAUUUGGAGGCGAGGGUUUGUACUAUUUUGUUGAACAGUUUGUUUGGCUGGCUAAAGCAGGCUUAAUUGAUAGCAAACACUCCAAAUUUUUGGGGAAAAUCAGUGCUUGGACCGAGUUUAUUGGGUACAUAGGUAGUAUUUCUCUCAAAUUUAGGGAUUUGAAGAAUUUACUUGAAGACGAGGUCUGUUUGAAAUCGACUAUUGAGGUAGCCAUUGCCCGGGGUGUUGGGUAUCAAGAGGAAGAGGAAAGAAUGAGAAAGCUAAGAGAGAAGACGCUGAUGAAGAAGCUAUCUAUUGUGCAGGACUUCGCUGAUGGAUUAAUGGCGUUCGCAGAUAUUCGAGACGGGAAGGGACCGCUGUCGGCGCCGCUUUUGGUGUCAUCGGCGGGACUUUUAUCUGCCUUGAUUAGUACUCAUAAGAACUGGGUUUCUUGCUGAGUUUGGCAAUAAUUUCAGAAGGUAUGGAUGUUGAGGGAAUUGGGUUUCUUUUACAAUUAUUUGAUUCUAUUUAUGAAUUAUUGUUGGUAGAAGUAGAUUCAAAAGCAAGAAUGCUAUUUUCUAGGCUGCAAAAUUCAGAUAAAACAGGAAGGAUUAGAUAACUCCUACGCUGUUGGGACAGGAGAUAAAUGUUUUCCCUCUGAAGUUCAGGGAUGCUCUUGUUUCUACACUUCUUUCUUUUUCAAAUAAUAAAAACCAAAUGCUGACAGCGGAUUGAUAUGAAUUCUA